AUGCAUCCCAGCUGCCGCGACAAGCAGGAAGUCGUUGAAGCACAGCCAAAUGCAGCGCACAUCCCGCACAUCGAGUUGCAGCAGGAGGCGCGCGCGUGUGUAGGUGGGCGGCUCCUGUGGCAGCAGGGGUACUACGCACUUUCGCGUGCCGCUCGCUGCGUGCGAGAGGCUCGGCUUUUGCAGGGGGCGACGAACGAAACUGAUGUGGCUGUCGCAGGCGCCGCGGCUGCGUCUCCGUCAGCGGAAGCAGCGCGAACCAACGACGAGCCGCGGUGGAGGAGUAGCGGCACGGUGCCAAUUGCAUGCCUGAUUUGCUGGCUCCUGCCAGCUUCGUACCGUUGUGCUCUUCUUCAUCUCCUUGUUGUUAUUGUUGUUGUUGUUGUUGUUUCAGCCGGCCGCUUGUCCGUCCACCACCUCGUCGGUUGUUGGCAUCUCGAAGAAGGGUCAGCAGAGCAUAAAGGAGAAGCCGACGGCUCCGUGAUCCAUUCGACCGUGUGGUCAGCUCUUCGCCAGUUAGGUCACCGAAGCCGCAGCAGCGCCACAGAGGACAGCGGAUGCCACGGGAUGCCAACCUCUGCCGGCAGCGCUGCUGACGGAGCGAGCGGUGCCCACAGAGCGAGCGGCGGCGGCGGUGGCACAGCCAGCGGUGUCCAAAGAGCGAGCGGCGGCGGCGGUGGCACAGCCAGCGGUGUCCACGGAGCGAGCGGCGGCACAGCCAGCGGUUCCCACAGAGCGAGCGGCGGCACAGCCAGCGGUUCCCACAGAGCGAGCGGCGGCACAGCCAGCGGUUCCCCCAGAGCGAGCGGCGGCGGCACAGCCAGCGGCGUGCGCGUCGUGUCGGCGCUGGUGGCGGCCGCCGCGCUGCUCGGCUGCGCCCUGGCUGACGUGGACUUCGACGUGGCCUCGCCGUUCGAGAGCGACCGAUCGCUCGUCGCCACCGUCCACAACCUGGCCCUGUUCAAGCCGCGGGCCAAGCACUGCAUCAAGAACGUCAUCAACUAUCGAGACGCACCGCCGGACCGCAGAGGGCGUUUCCACAUACUGCUGGGCCGUAUGGUGGAGUACGUGGACCAAAUUAACGAGAAUAACUACAGGACAAAGAUCAGGUUGCUGGCGAGAAGCGGCAGCAUGCUCCACAACAAGUUCAGCGAUGCGUUCACGCGGUGCGUCCAGGACCCGUGUUCACAGCCACCCGAACCCGGCUGGUGCCUGCAGAACAUGGUGAUGUACUACUACGACCCGGACAGGAGAUCGUGCAGCGAGUUCACGUACACCGGCUGCGGCCGCAACUUCAACAACUUCCUCACGAAGCACGAGUGUUACAAGAUCUGCAUCCAAGGCCGAAUGUGACGAGGUCAUUGAACAGGCCUGCGGACAGCAACGGGGACUUUUGAUUGCCACACGAACACAGCACGUACACCGGUCGGCAUGAGGGACGCUUUUUGCGGAAAUUAAAGGAGCAGUCCAAGUGGUU